AUGAGAGUUCCAGCACAACGUACCACGGGCCAUAGGCCUAUGGGCAAAUUCGCUCCUCCGCAGCGACCAAGAAUUCAGCGAUGGCUAGCAGCCAAGCUCAAUGAAGCGAACCAGAGAAAUGAUCUCCCGCUUGAUCCAAGUCUCGUUGCUUUUCAACAGCUCGUCCACAGUAAUCCAACCUGGAAAACCCUGUCCGACGACAUGUUUACCCAGUCAUCCAAGCACUACGACCCAACCGGUGUACCAGCCAUUCAAAGUUUUGACGAGUUUUUAAACGUGGUCAAUAUCUUCAUUAAAUCAUCGCCGCCGUUCUAUAUCAAGGAAACACCCGAAACAGCUAUGGAAUUGAUCGGACUUCCCAUCAAUACUAUUCUAGAUUGGCCAAUGGGUACGAUGGCUGGUUACGACUUCUGGCUCAUACCGGCCAUCAACGCCUCUUUCAAGGAUGUACUCAAUACUUGGGGUUCGUUUUUAAACUCACCUGCGUCAAAGGCUACCUUAAAGCAUUGGUUAUCCCCAGAAUCACUGGUGAUGAUUGAAGAUGCAGCGAAUUGCGGCAAGGAUGGUUCGAAGUUCGAUGAGAUCUUUGUGUGCGAUCCAACUGCACCCUACUUUGGCUACACAAGUUGGGACGGUUUCUUCACGAGGAAAUUCCGAAAUGGCGUUCGUCCGGUCGAAUGUCCCGACGAUGCCUCUCCAACGUUGAACUGUCCUGACCCAACACUGGUCAUAGUCAAUGCUUGCGAGUCAGCUCCAUUCAAGUUGGCUGAAAACGUCCAACUACAAGACACAUUCUGGCUCAAAUCUCAACCUUACUCCCUGGACAGAAUGAUGAACAGCAACCCACUGGCAACUCAAUUUAUCGGUGGCACAGUCUACCAGGCCUUCCUAAGCUCAAAGAGCUACCAUCGCUGGCAUGCUCCCGUCAGUGGCAGUGUUGUUGGGAUUGAAAAGGUUCCUGGCACAUACUUCAGCGAGAAUUUCUUCGAAGGCAUAGCCGGAGCUGGAGACUGGAGAUAUGCAGACCCUGCUGCACCCAAUAACUCACAGCCUUACCUCAGCGCUGUAGCUACGCGAGCUAUAAUCUGGAUCGAGGCGAAGAAUCCAACGAUAGGUCUGAUGGCUGUCGUGUUCGUCGGUAUGGCUGAGGUUUCGGGUUGUGAGUUUACGGUCUCGGUGGGUGACACUGUAAUCAAAGGACAGGAUAUUGGUAUGUUUCAUUUUGGGGGCAGCACUCAUUGCUUAGUAGUUCAGAAAGGAAUCAAGCUUGAGUUUUGCAAUGCGCCGCCAUGGAACAUGGCUACGGAGUAUAACAACCGUGUAAACAGUGCUCUGGCCAUAGCUAGCCCAUGCGAGUAG